AUGAGUUAAAAUAGUUUUGUAUUUGUAAAUACUAAAGAAGAAAUUGCUUAAAAGAGAGUCAAAUCUCUAAAAUUCUAACUAAAGGCACUAAAUUAAAAGAAUAAUGUUCUGCAAUAAAAAAUAAAGAGCGUUAAUAGAGUCAAUUUAGACAAUACUAAAUCACCAGUGUCUUAAUUAUAAGAGAAUUUACAUUUUGAUAGAAGAUAAGUAAUUGAACUCUUCAAACCAAUAAUUGCAAAAGAGGCAAUCUACAUAAGAAAUGAGAGAUACAAGAAAGAAAAUUCGAUGAUAUAAUCGAAGAUGAAUGAGAUUUAACAGAAAAAAAUAAAGGUUAGAUAAAUUGAAUAAUUCGAUGCUGACGCAAUCAGAAGAGUGGCAGAGUUUAAAGAGAAAAGAGUUACUGAAAUUCGAUAAAGAAAUGUUAAGGAAAUGGAAAUGAAUAGAUUAUCAGUUUAAAGAAAGCUCGAGAAUGUAUAAGUCUUAGAGAAUGAAGAAAAGGAAUUAAUGAAUAUGAUCUAAUUGUAUUAUUAAUUCAUUAACUUAGAGCUAAACUAAAUAGCACAUAAUUAUAAUAGAGAUACAACAGAGCUAUAACAUCAUCUGAAGAUAGUUCGGUACUGCCACAUAUCAGAAAUUUCAGUUAUAAUUAGAGAUUUGAGUCACCAUUUAAGAAUCAAACACCGAAUCAUUUUUCACAAUAAUUUUUGGAUGAUUGUUGCUCGAGUCAAAAGAAGCAGUCUCAAUUCUUUCCUAACAGAAGAAAAUCAAAAUCAACUAAUAAAUUAAUAAACUCUAACAUUAAUGAGUUUAAUGAUACUCCUUAAUGGAAAAUUGACUUUAAGCAGUAUGGUAAUAUAGACAAUAAGGAAAACUUAGAGAUUAAGAGAGAUUCUUAAAGAUCAUCAACUUAAUUGUGA